GAGAGUGAGAGACUUGAGAGUGAAGUAGGAGCUUCUUCUGGAUAUCUAAGUUAUGAACGGACGGUCCUGAUAAUAUUUAGAAAUUUCAUCAAAGAAGAUUUUUACUAUUUACUUGGAAAGUGAAAAGUAUUCAAUUAUUUACUGCUUGCAAAAACAAUUCAGUUUUCUUCGUUAGUAUCAAAUUCGUCGACUGUUUGGACUCGUUAAGAAAUUGAUAUUCCGCCGGUCAUGGAUGGAUAUUCUUUUGGAUUAAAACCUAAUUACCACUAGCUAAAUUGAGAAAAUUCAGAAUUUCAUUUUUCAAGUGGAGAAACGAUGAUCAAAAUGAGAUUCCAGGGGAAAGUGGCGAUAAUUACAGCUUCAACACAAGGUAUUGGGAUGAGCAUAGCAGAACGACUUGGUUUAGAUGGAGCUUCUGUUGUCAUCUCAUCUCGUAAACAGAAAAAUGUAGACGAAGCAGUAGAGAAGCUAAAAUCUAGAGGUAUUGAAGUUUUAGGGGUUGUAUGUCAUGUGUCAAACGCUCAACAUAGAAAGAAUCUCAUUGACAGGACUCUUCAGAAAUAUGGAAAAAUAGAUAUUCUUGUAUCAAAUGCCGCAGCGAAUCCAUCUGCAGAUCCCAUGUUGAGAACUCAAGAAACUCUUCUUGACAAGCUCUGGGAGGUUAACGUUAAGGCAUCUAUACUUAUCUUGCAGGAUGCAGCACCUCAUUUGCGGAAAGGAUCAUCAGUUGUGUUUAUUUCUUCAAUUUCAGCGUACCGGCCUCCUUUGUCUAUGGGCAUGUACGGAGUGACUAAAACUGCUCUUCUAGGGCUGACCAAGGCUCUAGCGGUCGAGAUGUCCCCAAAUACCCGAGUGAAUGCUGUUGUUCCAGGAGUAAUACCCACAAACUUUGCUGACCACCUCAUAAAGGAUGAAUCUGCUAGAAAGGCUGCCGAGAGAGCCACAUUACUUGAUAGGCUCGGCACGACAGAAGAGAUUGCUGCAGCAGCAGCAUUUUUGGCAUCGGAUGAAGCUUCUUACAUCACUGGAGAGAUUCUGGUGGUGGCAGGAGGAAUGCUGUCAAGACUUUGAUGCACUUUCAUAUUUUAAAUGAGAAACUCUACUUCAUGAUUUUAAAGCUAUAUACUGUUCUGCUAAGCGAACUCUUAUUCGGUCAUGAACAAGAUCUGGUCUCCUGAACUAAAUAAAAUUGGUUACCUGAGUAAGUGGACUGGUAAGAAUAUAUGCUGUUCCAAAAAGAAAAAGAUGGAAACUGCAUUUUGAUCUUUGUGUAGCAAACUUAUCUUCAAAGUGUGUUUAACAAAUGGAAACGAACCAUUUUCUUGCUUCCUGCGUAAUUCCAUCUAUGGACAUGUAUUAGAAAAGGAGAAGAUUUUGAGUAUUUUCUAUACUUGACAAAAGAGACAAUUGA